AUGGGUCUGGGAGUGCGCCAGGAGGGUAGGAGAAACCGUUAUCCACCUACAGAAUCGGUCCGCAGCAAUUUCCCGCCGAAAACAUACUUAAAAUGGCCGCCGCGAGAAAAUUUACAUAGGCGGCGACAUAAACCAAAAAGAUGGCCGCCGCGGCACGUACUGCGCAUGCGCAGCCGUCAGGAAAGGGGAAAACCGGCAAAAGAGCGUUUGCGCAUGCGCGGACCGGAAGAAAACCGCGGAAUAGACUGCGACCAAAACAGUGAGCAGCUAAGGAGAGCAGCUAAGGGCAGCCCUGCUGAACCCACACAAAAACAGAAACGAGCAGGGGAAAGAGUCUAA